GAAAAAGAAAUACGCGCAUUUUUUUUAAAGAUGCGUUUACUAACAACAAUAAAAAAAAAAUGAUUCGGACAUUCCUCUUUUCUUUUUCCUUUUUUUCAUGACAGAUACAACAGAAGAAAAAAGACGUUUUCAAAUAGAACUCGAGUUUGUACAAUGUCUUGCUAACCCUUGGUACCUAAAUAAUCUCGCACAACAGCAAUACUUUAAAGACCCUACUUUUAUUCAUUAUCUUGAAUACUUGCAAUACUGGAAACAGCCUGAAUAUGCUCAAUUUGUCGCUUAUCCACAUGCACUUUAUUUCUUGGACCUGUUACAACACACUCAAUUCCGUGAUUACAUAAGUACUUCAGAAAAUACCCAAGAAGUGCAUCGUAUGCAAUAUUACCACUGGCAGUACUUGCGUAAUCCGCCUAAAUCAACAGCCGUAGAAGAACUCGGUGCAUUAAAAGACGAAUCCGAAGCAUAAAUAAAUAAAUAAAUAAAUAAAAAAACAUUUAUUUAACGGCAACAAGUCUCGAGACCAUUGCUUGUUGACG